AUGAGACCAAGCGACAAAUCAGCCAAGCUAGCUGAUCCCAUCGAUAUCGACAACAACCCCGCAACCUCUCUGCUGACGAGCAGAGCGCGAAAGGGCACCUUUCAAUGUGUCAGGUUGACGGACUGCGAUGUCUUGUGCUCCGGCAUAGUAGACAAUAAGCCAUUUGCGGCGCAAGCUAGGAGUCUCAGAGUGACUACUCAGGUCGUGCUCGAAGAUGGCGAACUCCACUGCGAAAAAGGAGUCGUGGACGCAGCAGAGGCGAUCCAAUGCGACUUUGACCCGUCCUUAUCGGGGCCUGUGAUUCCGGAUGUCGAAAUGCGCGGCACACACCGUAUCUGGCAUGGUCCUAACGGCCUCAAGCCGUUCGACGUCAUCGGCGAGGGCGCAGAGAUCAUCUCAUCGUGCUGUAUGCAAUGCAGUCUUCAGACAGCUCUCAUAAUAAAGCCAGACCGUGAGCAAGAUCGAGCGUGA